CGUUCAGCCAUUUUGUAAAGAAAAUCAAGCAAGUCUGCCGCCCUACCUUCGUUUCAGACCUGCAGUUUUUUUCUUGUGCAAUGGACGGCCGCCUAGACGCUGAAUUGUACCCUCUGGGAUCCGGCUACGUCCCUGAAAUUGACAGUGUCCAUGACAUAUCAGUUGGCACAAAGAGGGGAUCCGACGAACUGUUUUCUUCCUGCAUAACCAACGGGCCCUAUAUCAUGAGCUCAGCCAAUGGCAACGACAGCAAAAAAUUCAAAGGUGACGUCCGCAGUCCCGGUGUUCCGUCACGUGUGGUCCACGUUCGCAAGCUGCCCAACGACAUAAAUGAGGCUGAGGUUAUUGGACUGGGACUGCCCUUUGGGAAGGUCACUAAUCUGCUGAUGCUGAAAGGAAAGAACCAGGCGUUCUUGGAACUGAACAGCGAGGAGUGUGCACAGACGAUGGUGAGCUACUACUCCUCUGUCACUCCUGUCAUCAGAAACCACCCCAUUUAUAUGCAGUACUCAACCCACAAGGAGCUCAAGACGGACAACUCACCCAACCAAGUGCGUGCCCAGGCAGCUCUGCAGGCAGUCAAUGCACUUCACGGAGGAGGAAUUGGAAGCAUGGCCAUUCCUGCAGAUGCCAGUAGCCUUGGUGGUGGAGGACUAAGCCAAAGUCCUGUCCUUAGAGUGAUCGUAGAAAACCUCUUCUACCCCGUCACCUUGGAUGUACUACACCAGAUAUUCUCUAAGUUUGGCACUGUGCUGAAGAUCAUCACAUUCACUAAGAACAACCAGUUCCAGGCUCUGAUCCAGUAUGCCGAUGGCAUGACAGCUCAGCAUGCCAAACUGUCUCUGGACGGGCAGAACAUCUACAAUGCCUGCUGUACCCUGAGAAUCAGCUUCUCCAAGCUCACCAGCCUCAAUGUGAAGUACAACAAUGAUAAAAGCAGGGAUUACACCCGACCAGACCUCCCAACUGCAGAUUCACAGCAAUCCCUUGACCACCAGACCAUGGCAGCUGCUGCAUUUGCUGCGCCAGGCAUAAUCUCAGCUUCUCCGUACGGUGGAGCUCAUGCCUUUCCACCAACCUUUGCUAUCCAGCAGACAGCAGGUCUGUCCAUGCCUGGUAUGCCCGGUGCCCUGGCAUCCCUGGGUAUGAGCCAUGGAAGCAUGGCGGCGGCAGCAGCAGCAGCUAGCCGGCUCGGCCUGUCAGGACUCGCUCCCUCUGCGGGAAACAAUGUCUUACUGGUCAGCAAUCUGAACCCUGAGAGCGUUACGCCACACUGCCUCUUUAUUCUUUUCGGUGUGUAUGGCGACGUGAUGAGAGUGAAGAUCCUGUUCAAUAAAAAGGAGAAUGCUCUGAUCCAGAUGUCUGAUAGCACACAGGCACAGCUAGCUAUGAGCCACCUGAGCGGCCAGCGUCUUCAUGGCAGAGACAUGCGCGUGACAUUUUCCAAACACACCACCGUGCAGCUCCCCAGAGAAGGCCACGAGGACCAGGGCCUCACAAAGGACUACGGCAACUCACCGCUGCAUCGUUUCAAGAAGCCUGGCUCCAAAAAUUACUCCAACAUCUUCCCACCCUCCGCAACACUCCACCUCUCCAACAUACCGCCGUCUGUGGUGGAGGAUGACCUCAGGAGACUUUUUGCCAGCUCAGGAGCCACAGUCAAAGCCUUCAAAUUCUUUCAAAAGGAUCGCAAGAUGGCCCUGAUCCAGAUGGGCUCAGUGGAGGAAGCGAUUGAGUCCCUCAUCGAGUUCCACAACCACGAUCUGGGAGAGAACCACCACCUUCGAGUGUCCUUCUCCAAGUCCACCAUCUGAGUGCCUUCUCUUCCUCCCUCCAAACCUGUUGCCACCUGAAUGCUACUUUUGUCAAGGUUGCCUUCAGUGGAAACGGCCACCAUUACAUAUGGCUGUGGUUCUUUGUAGAUAUUGCUCCCCUGACCUCAACUCUUACUUAUAUCCUACUUCUAAAGUUAUAAGUAUUAGCUAUUGGUAUAAAAUGUCAACAUUUCUGAUUUAAAAAAAAUAGAAAUAUUGGAUUGCUGGGAUUCAAAUUGUUUUUAAUUCUAUCCCCCAUUAAUUAUUGAGUAGUUUAUUUCGGCCCUGCAAAAUUGAUGGUAUUUUUCUUUCAGUCCUCAGACAUAUUGCAUUAUUAUAUCAACCUUAAAAUCAGACAGAAAGUUGUCUUUACCUCGUGAUUACAUUAUCUCUUUGACUUUAUUAAAGGUUAGCUAAGAUGGCACAAAAAAAGAGCCCUUACUCUACUCAGGAAUCAGUUAGGGCAAUCAAAGCAAGCAUGUUUUUGAUCAAUAAUUAGUUUCAGUAGUUCUUUGUAGACCAGCCUAAUUAAUUUGAUCCAGUAUAUAGUUUUAGGAGGGGUCUUGGGGAAGGGGCAGCAUUCUGCAAUGAACCAUGUUAUCACUUUGGAGGGCAAGUACAGGCAGCCGAUGAACAGUCACUUUAGACCAAAUCGCUAAAAAAAAAAAAGACACCCUCCACCAUGGAUGUAUGCUUCUAUGGGUGAAUCACAUCCAUACCAGACACACUUAAGCAUUCCUUGUACUAUGAUAGUCGUGUGGAUAUAUCUGUGUGCCUUUUUUCAAAUGCCACUUUGAACCUGUUUGGCCAGUUGGAAACGGUUUUACACAAAAGAUUUAGUUCUGGCUCACAGCAAUUUAUUUCCUUAGUUUCCAUUUAGAUUUGUUUUCUCUCUGGCAACACACGCCUUCUUGCUUUGGGGGAUCCAUACCACUAUCUGAAGUUAUUCAAUAAGGACACAGUCUUCUGUCAAUGCCUUUAUAUACAGUCUUGUGCCUUACUCUGCCCCAACUGUUUGGCCUAGAGCAUCGCUCUGGCUUCAUUUGGACAGGACAUGGCUCUUUAAAUGCUCCCCCCCCAUGCCUUUUGGUAUGUACCAGCAUUGUAAGAACACAGGAUGGGGGUCAUCAAUCUUCAGUUUUCUCUUAGGAACACAAAUGUUUAUCAUUAGCUUUGUAUGCAUAUAUCCCCGUUUUAUGUAUGUAGAAACUAUGAAUGUAAGUCAGUUUAGAUGCCUUAUAUUUUUACUAGGUGGUGUAGCUCUGUUAGGUGUUUUGUGGCACGAGUUGAGCUGGAUCCAGCCCUCCUGUCUUAUAGUCCCCACUCGCCUUCAUUAAGUUCUCUCUCAGUAGGGAUAAUGGUGAUGGGGGGCCUCAUUUAACCAUAUUAUGUUCAUCUAUAUGUGGACACAUAUAUUCAUUUAUCUUUUCUUUAAAUGUUAGCAUUUACACGUGUAUCACUUCUACGCUUAACUGAUACCUGUAUGUAGUGGCUGGGUUUGAUUAUCACAGUGCCUUGACUCCUUAAGUUUUUAGUGUGAGGCUGAAACACUCUGGCCCCUGUCAGUUGACUUUGUUUACCUCUCAUUCAGGUGUGUAUCUGACCUGUCUGAAAAGAUGCCUUUAUUUCAUUUUUAUUCAGGUAACCCUACCUGUGAGAGGGCAGCUUGGAGGCAUUUGUCAACAGAAAGUACCAACAGCCUUUGACUAUGCCUAAAAAAACAAACAAACCCAGUUUUAUGUUUUUGCUUAAGUUCAAGAUUCAGGGUGAGAGAAGCCCUCGCCCAAUCCCAGUCUGCCUAGCUGUGCCACAGUCAGGUUCUUUAGUGCACUUUUCCUCAAUGAUAGGUCCAACUUGGUACCAUCACGCUGAAGUCUUAAACAUCGUCACAUUCCUGUGUGCCUCAAGCACCAGUUUCCACAACCUCGACCACUGUAGUUUUGGACCAGAUGCAGACGAGCUCUGUCUCUAUUUUUGUAAAAGAUUGUUAUGCAUGGUGUAACGAAGCUUCAUGUAGCUACAGACGGUUAUUGCUGUUAAGGACCAAAGUAUCUUCUACCCCCGCUGUUUUGAUGUGUUGUGAUUGUUUUUUCUUUUUUCACAUUCCUGCUAUUCCACAGAUACACAAGUUUUCAGUGUCCUUUUUUUCUCUCCAGUUGCUCAAAUGACAAAAGUCACAUCAAUUUGAAAUCUCUUUUUAGUUUCAACCUUUACUGUAAACUGUAUCUCGUUUUGUUUGACUUUACAAAGAGCCUACUUUGGUAGAGAUUGCCUUAGAAUGGAUACUUAAAUGAACCACAGUCCUAGCUGUGAUGUUGACUGUGUAGAUUAUAUGCCUUUCCAUUUUUGUUAAAAGCUUUUAUUUUCUCUCCUUUUUUUUAUAGGGGGUGGGGUGGGGUUAUUGUAUGAAGUUGGGUUGAUGGUUGUACAUAUUCAUGUUUUUGUACCACAAAUUCAUUUGGAUUAUUUCCACUUUAAGUUCAAAACAUGUAUAUUUUGAUAAAACAAUACAGACCUAUUAGGCUCUUGGAGCUGUAAAAACAGAAAAAAAGCCUUUUGUAACACAAAGACAUUAAACUAUCUGAACACACAAAUGUCUCUGUAUGUGCCCCCCACCCCCACCCCUUUGCCAUUCUGUUCUUGUCUCUUGCAUCUUCUGCUGCCUUCAAUAAAUCUUUAGUUUGUUCCUUC